AUGUCUACAACCUCCUCAAGUCUCACUUUCCAAUUCGCACUCCUCGAAGUAUCCGUGCUCCCUCAAUUCCCUCUCAAGCUAGGACAUGAGACAUUUGACAGAGUCUGUAAUUACAUCCAAAAAGACCUCAAGUACGAAGGGCCUCUCGGCCUAAGCUGUGAUGACACAAAAUUGUUGAGCACCCUUCACACAUACUGGGAUGCCUUGGCAAAAACAUACUACCUGGUGGGACACACCGGCGAGCCUAUCGCGGUUGCCAACCCGGAAGAGCUUAAGGCUCUCCUCAAAUCGGAGACGCUAGAGAAAGCAACAAAGGUUCGUGUCUGGUGUGUUCAAAUCCCAAUGCCAAAGGCGAGCUCUAUCGUUGCUCAUGUUUUGGCGAUCCCAAACUCAUGCGGUGCCAAGGAGCUUCAAGCUUAUUCAGACAAGAUCAUCUGCAGUCUGGUUCAGCGUGGGCUCAAGGUUAUAUCAUACGCUUGCGACGGCACGGAGACAGAGCGCAAGGUGCAGCGCUGUCUCAUCCGAGAUUCACCUUUCCGCAUUACAUACACAAUCCGACACUCCAACCCAGCUGUUGAUUUCAAGGACAUGACCGUCAUCAUUGCGACUAGGGAGGCCCAGCCAAUCGUCAUGAUCCAGGACUCCAAACACGCUCUCAAGACAAUGCAUAACAAUAAUUUCAGCGGCACCAAACACCUUGUUCUGGGCAACACCACCGCAAAAUAUUCUGAUGUGCGUGAUGCAGCGUUUGGUCCAGGUAUUCCACCCCUCUACCCCCGCGAUGUUGAAAAUCUUGACCGCCAAGACGACAAUGCCGCAACUCAAUUAUUCUCUGCUUCCUCACUGGAGUACCUGGCAACACAUUUCCCUGACCAUGUCGGGGAAAUCGUCUAUCUAUUCAUAUUCGGAGAGCUCGUUGAUGCAUAUCAAAAUCGCAAAAUCAGCCACCUCUCACGCAUCAAAAUGGUCCUGCGCACUCGUUACUUCCUGGACAUAUGGGCACGGUUUCUAGAUAGAGCAGGCUAUGUGAAGUCGAAGCAUUUCAUCUCUCGCGAAGCUACUGAUAUUGUCCAGAUCGUCAUCGAAGGUCUCAUCGGCCUCGUUAUCAUCCACCGAGACUAUAUGGAUGACAAAAUCUACCCGUUACUCCCCUGGAUGCAUUCUAGUGAAGUAUGCAAGCACAUCUUCGCAGAAUGUCGAAAACUGGUGAAAGACUUUGCUUUUACAGAUCUCAUACAAAUGAUGCCUCGUCUACAUGUAUUUAUUCGAGCCAUAGUUCUCCUCAAUGUUAUGACAGAUCCGAAAGCGCGUGCAUCCGGCUAUGCCCACACCUACUUCAACUCACACGGAAUCAAUCUCGGAGAGCUCGCAUGUUUCCCUACCGACAGUGAGAUACAGUCAGCCACCAAAGAUGCCUGGGAAGAGGCAGAAAACUUGUUUAAUAUACUCGGGGUAUCACCUUCUGAUUUACUGUCGGCUUCUCAUCCAACUCUGCCUAGUAUCAACUCGUGGUACGCACCAGGUAUGGAUCCAAUGGCUGACAAGGCCGGUAGUGACACCGACAGCUCCGAAGAUGAACAAGACAAAGGUGAUGAUGAGGUGGGCGACACGAAUAAACUACGGCAGCUCCUUGUUGAUAUACGCCGCUCGGGCUUCUAUGAACAUUCUGUGGAUGAACGGCUGUUGAACUUACAGUGUGCCGCUGUUGCCAUGGACAUAGAUGAUCUGGUUCAGCUGUAA